UCUUCCCACCCACCACCAACUAAACCUGUUAUAUCCUGUCAAAAAACUAAACCUAUUAUAUCUCUCUAUCUAUAAUUUGCUUAAUAUUAACAACAGAUUAUAACCUUACCCAUUAAAAAAAAACCAUCCAAACAAGCUAGAACAAUGAAUACCUCGGAAGCAUUUAAAUCAAGGAGUAUGAAGAGUAUGAUUGGUGAUCAUUUGCUCCGAAACGGGUUGUCGAGAUUAACAUAUGAUCAUACAAGAAAGACAUCUUCUAUCAAAUUAUUACCUAGACCUUCUUCAGGUCAAGUUGAUGGAACUUUGGUCACUUCCAAACAACGUAAUGUGGAGUCACUUUUUACCACUAUAAACAAGCUUGUGAAAGGUAAACUAAGCUUCAUAGGUGGAGUUAACAAGAUGUUCAGACGAAUCUUUAGCGUAAGAGAAGGAGAGAAGUUGUUAAGAGCUUCUCAUUGUUGCUUGUCCACCACCACAGGCCCAAUACCAGGCCGCCUCUUCAUCUCCACCGAGAAAAUCGCCUUCUGCAGCGACAGGCCGAUUGUGAAAGUAUCCUCCUCUACUGUAGAACCUCUUAGGUUUCAUUACAAGAUUGUGAUCCCGCUAAGAAAGAUCGAAAGAUUGAAUCAAAGUGAGAGCUUGAAAAAGCCAUCUCAAAAGUACCUUCAAACUGUGACGACAGACGAUUUUGAGUUCUGGUUUAUGGGAUUCAAAUCUUACAAUAAAACUUUUAAAUGCCUACAACAAGCCGUUCUCCCAAAGCUUAAUUUACUAACCUCGAGUUAAAUAGGAUAAUUUAGGUCGGCAAAAUAAAAGGAGUAUUCAUUAUUUUGUUUCAUACAUAUAAUUUAAGUUAAUUAAUUAAGGUAUUUAAUACUUAAUUAGAUGCUAUAGUGUGUGGAUAGACCUCUUUAAAUUUUAGUAUUCUAGGUUGGGAAAGAGUAUAUAUAUAUAUAGUAUAAUAAUUUCUCCUCCGAGAUUAAGGUAGCUGAUGAUGAGCUUGUCUAAUUAGUCUAUCCUUCAUAGAUUUCCUAGUCAUUAAACUAAUGGAUUACUUGGUAGCUCAGAUUUGUAAUAUGAAGUAUGAACUAUCAGAAAUAAAAUCGUAUUGUUUAUUUAGUGUAA